ACACUCAAAUAACCGUCUUAUUCAUUCCAGAUUCUGAAAAUUGAAGUAAAUUCACAAAUAUAAAGUUACAAAUUAGUCGAGCGUUUCGCGAUUUUUUAAAAUCUUGCAGUCACCCACGAGGACCAAAUUUCAGCAUGCCACAGCGUUCCGAUGAGCACAUGGAAGGCGAGACCGGCGAGGAGGCGAACACCACCGCCGAGGUCUGGACUGAGGAGACCUCAGAGAACGGUGGAGCUGCCGGCGGAGAUGGUGAUGGAGAUGGAGAUGGAGAUGGAGGAAGUGUAGAAGGAGAAGGUGGAAACGAAGGUGAUGCUGGUGAGGGCGAAGGCGAGAGUGGAGAUGGAGAUGAGGCCAGUGGAGAUACCGAACAAGGAGGAGAGGGAGAAGAAAGUGGUGAAGGUGGAGAAGGAGCUGAUGAAGAGGAAGGCAGUAAAGACUCUGGUGAAGAUAGUGGAGAUGGAGACGGUGCGGAAGAUGCGGGAGAGAGUGGAGAAGGAAGUGAAAAUGACGAAGGAGGAGAAGGUGAAACUGAAGAAACUGGAGCUGGUGGAGAUUCUGAUGAAGGAGAUGGCACAGAGGCGGGGGAUUCUGAAAAAUCUGAGGAAACUGACAACGCAGCGGACGAAGAAAAGGGGGAGGGAGACGGCAAAGAAGACGGAGGAGAUGACGGGGGAAGUGGAGACGCGGAAGAAGGAAGUGGAGAUGCGGAAGAAGGAAGUGGAGAUGCGGAAGAAGGAAGUGGAGAUGCGGAAGAAGGAAGUGGAGAUGCAGAAGAAGGAAGUGGAGAUGGAGAUGACGCAGACGGGGAAGCAGAAAAAGAAAAGGCGGAUGAAGAGAAGGAAGAAGAAGCUAGUCCAGAUUCAGGCGACGCGUAGCAACUUAUCUCUAAACUUAUUCUCCCAGCUGAAAAUCACAACAGAGUUACGGUAGCCAACAGUCGGUCAUCCGGUGCAGCCAGCUUGACUGCCAAGAUAAUAGGCUUUAAUAAAUGACGUGGUGGUAGUCUGCUUUCUUCAGCUCAUAGCUAGCUUACCAGUCGAACUGCGCAUACUGUCUUUGGUACGAAUCUUAAGCCUAACACCGUCAUAUUUAGAAAUUUAGAAUUAAAAUCAAAUUUUCUCCCAAUUACUUCGUUUGCGUUCUCAAGAUAGUGAUGCAGAGCUUUGUAAAAGUCAACGCGAUAAUGGUAACUUGAGAGCUAAUUUUAAUUCACUAAAUUUUUCAUGAGGUAAUUGUAGCAAAAUAUUCGGCCCCUUUUAAGUUGAACGAUUUAUUCAUCCAUUCAGGAUUUAUUUCACAUUAAUUGCGAUUUAGAAUAAUUGAAUGAUUCGGCGUUGGCAAGCCGAAAUUCAAAUAUUGUAAUUCGUUAAUACAUCUAUUUUUGAGACAUAAUAAAUUCAGAGCUAUUAUACACUUGAUCGCACUUGCAUGUUAAAAGUUUUCUCAAAAUGCUUCUUCUGAAUCUAAGAACUUUUCAAUCUAUCUUCGUUAGUAAUAACAAAAAAUAAAGACAUCGCCAUAAUUGGCGGCUAAUGUGGCAUCUUGAUAAUGUGAAGCAGGACGCGCCAACGAGAAGGGGAGACAUCAAAUGAAUAGUUGUAAGUUUUACCUAACUUAAUGUUAAAGGCUAUAGAUUUAAAGCGAUAAAUUUUACCAGAUUCAUAUCGAUGACAUAUCGCUAGUGAUAAGACUAUCCCAUGUGAUGUUGGCUAAGGCAAUGUGUGCACCAUAUCAAGCUAAGUUAUUUUAAAGAUUGUAGCAAAAUUAGGCAUAACUUGAGCUGGGCUUUUAUCAAAAAAUUAGGCGGGAAGCAAUGAUGAGAAUUCUAAGUCUACUACAUUUUAGCGCAAGUUGUGGAAUCUAUGGAGUGAGUACUGAUGUAUCUUUCCUACUUACCUUCGCCAAUUCUUAUAGUCAUUAUCUCCUCAGCUUUAACCUAAUUAUUGUAGACUAAGUCGAUAUUUAGACCCGCGGAUAUAGUUAUAAAUGUAGUCCUGUAUGCCUUGUAAUGCUAAAAUCUGUUCGUCCAUCAGUCCUUUUAGGCUUUCGCUAGGAAUAUUUAAAAUAAUUAGGAUAGUUCAUGUCAAUGUGAUCUUAAAACGCUGCUUCUUUAUCAUCAUCUGUAACGAGGCUUGAGACAGUUACAGUUAGCAGGGUCGCGUUCACCAGACAGGUCGGGGAACGCAAGUGUCGCACUUACGCAGGACAUCAGGGCUCUCUGGAUACUCCAUCCCCUGGGGUAUUAGACAUUAGGGUUCUAUUAAAACCCCCAUCCAUUGGGGGCUCUCUGGACAUUCAUAGCUCUCUCUAUUGAGUAUUAGACAUAAAAGCUCUGUAAACACCUCACCCACUGGAGUAUUAGACAUAGGGGCUCCCUAAAUAUCUCACCCACUGGAUUAUUAGACAUAAGGGCUCUCUAAACACCUCACCCACUGGAGUAUUAGACAUAAGGGCUCUCUAAACACCUCACCCACUGGCGUACUAGACAUAAGGGCUCCCUAAAUAUCUCACCCACUGGAUUAUUAGACUUAAGGGCUCUCUAAAUACAACAUUAUGGCUAAAUCACAAAUACGGUAUUUAUUAUAUAUAUCGCUAUGUUUCCCUGUAAUAUGUACUCAGGAGGAAGUGAGGCUCAAAUUACAGCUUAACGAAUUCAUAAAACAAAUCUUUAACUGAGAAGAAAAUCUAUAAAUUAAUUAGUCCGUUAAAUUAGUAUUAGGAGUUGAAGAAUUAAUAGUAUCAUAAUCACAGAGCCUUGAUGAUCAUAAUCAGUGCCAUCGACCGAGAAUGCUUCUUUAAUUUUCACGUGAACAUUAAAUCACUUCGUCCAUACAUAAACAAUCGAGUGUUGAGUCAAUUUUACAUAUUAACGAGUAAUAAUCACGAAUAGCCAUUUUAAACAUUUAAAUCAAGCCAUUAUCGACAUCCGUGAAUCGACGUUAUCAGCAUUCAUUGAGGGCUUUGUUCUUUCAAGGUUUACUCUUAGAAUAAAUUUUCAUAUCGCAUUCCUCUCAUCAUUUCCAACGCUAUAUCAAUAGACAUAAUUAGCCAGAGAGUGCAAGGAAUUGUAGUGAUCUAGAUUGUGAUGUAGAUUGUAUCUAGAUUGAGUGUAUCUAGACUGCGAAGCCUAAAGUUAGAGGACAUAAUAAUUAGUUAUGGCUUCCUGCCUUUGCUCGGUUAGAUUUACGAACAAUUCAUUUGGUAGAAAUAAAGAAGGUAAGCAUCAGUGAGAGGAUUUUAUGCCAUGAAAUUUUAUGCAAAAACAAAUCAAUGUACUUCUGGACUAUUUCUUAAAGGGUAACCUUGAGAAAUCUCAAAUUUCUUAUUACUUCUAAAGGGUAACCUUCUCCACUACCUUUGUUGUUUGUGUAUGAAGUAACUUUAGAAGCACUGGUCAUCUAAUAAAAAUUAACUAAAUCACCUCAACGCCAAGUCAUUACACAUUUCCACUCGACUACCUUUAUUGUUUGUGUAAGAAGUAACUUUAGACGUACUGAUCAUCUAAUAAUAAUUAUCUACAGCACCUCAACACUACGUCAUUACACAUUUCCAGUUGCAGUGACUUCUGCUCUUAAGCCUCUAGUAGAUGAAGAUGCCGGUUGCAGCAUAGGCAGCUAAGUAUUGUAGUUCAGCGACAAUACACUUCCCUCGCAA